UUUGUUUUCGUAAAAAAAAAACAAACUAAUCAAACAUUAUAUUUAUUUGUUUUGUUUUUAUAGAAUGGCCUUUUUGGACGAAAUUAAUCAUUGUUGCUGUUGGUUUUACUGGUGGAUUAAUCUUUCUUUAUGUUCAAUGUAAAAUGUAUCUUCAGCUUUGUAUUCGUUGGCGUCAGUUUAACCAACGUAUUGUUAUUCAUUCAAGAAAUGAAGAACGUCAUGGUGGAGUAAUGUUAUCGGGAACAAAAAAUUCAAAUAAUAAUCGUGAUAAUUGUAUUGUAACAGUACUUGAUGCAAAUGAUUUACCUCCAUUAAAUUCUAAUACAUCAUCAAUAGGUACCACUGGUAAUAAUACAACUAUUCAAUUUGAUUCUUCUUCAUCAACGAGUAUCAAUCGUAAUCGACGACAUCAAGACAAUAAUCAUCGACGUUUUCUACAUCGUUUUUUUAUAUUUCAUCGAUUGAAUCAAUCUCAAACAUAA